AUGAAAAUAUUUACGCGCAGAACACAAAAUGCUGAAGACAUAAAUGCGAAAACUUGUAAAAACGCAGUACAUGAAUGUAAGAGAAACAAGUUCACAAUUGAAAUACAGGAUAAACUGCUGAACCUUACUCCUCAACCAUUAUUUAAGUUAAGGUACGUUUACACACAACGAUUUGUCCGGCCGACAAGCCUUACGUGUUCAUGCCAUAUUUGGAAAGUCGCCCGACUCGAAAAAUCGGACGAAAAUCUGUUUACAUCAAGAAACUUGCUUUCAACAAGUGAGUGGGAGACGUGUGAGUUCGAAACAAACAACUUGAGGAAUGAAUCAGACCCUAACCGUAAAAUGAUUACGCCAAACGAAGCCUAUGGGUGGAUGACACUUCACAUCAUAUCUAUAAUUGUUAUUUUCAUUGCACUCGCUAUUAUAUGUGACGAUUUCUUUGUGCCAUCUUUGGAGGCAAUAUCAGAAAAGCUUGAUCUUUCAGAAGAUGUAGCUGGUGCAACUUUUAUGGCUGCAGGAUCUUCUGCACCAGAACUCUUCACAUCUGUUGCUGGUGUAUCUGCAAAUAGUGAUGUGGGUGUUGGCACCAUAGUGGGGAGUGCCGUUUUUAAUCUGUUAGUGAUCAUAGCGCUAACUGCUGCACUAACAAAACAGACACUUAAGCUAGAUUGGCGACCCCUUCUUCGUGAUUCAGUUUGCUACGGCCUGUCAAUUGCAGUGUUCAUUCUAUUUUCGUGGGAUGCAAAAUUUGAUUUCUAUGAAUCCGUAAUCUUACUUCUUCUAUAUUUUCUGUACAUAAUUUUGAUGAAAUUUAACAGGAGUCUGAUGGAAAAGCUUGAUCGAUGGGGAUUCUCAAGUGAUAGGAUUGCAAAAUCUAACCACAGUAUGUUGUCAACAUGCACUUUGCCUCAUUUUUCACACUCUCAUAGAGGAGAAAUUUCUAAAUCAUUUACGAGCAGAAGAUAUUCCCUUCCACACCAUUUCCCGCACGAGAUUGCCAAAGUGAAAUCUAUCGCAGCUGGACAUAUUCAAAACGAUAUACUGCGACAGGCUAGUCAUAUGGGGAAAAUGGAGCACGAUUACUGCAAAGAAAACAACCAUGAAGAAGAAUUUGUAAACGAGCAACAACAACAAGAAGACGUGAUAAAAAUGCGCGUCAUUCCUUGUUUGCCCCCCGUCGUGGCUAGUUUACCAGAAAAAGGAGAUGGACAAGGGUGUAUUGCCAUCUUAAAUUACAUCAUAAGCUGGCUCCUUUUUAUUCCUUCGUUUCCAUUCCUGUGUAUGUUCACGUGGACAAUACCCAGCUGCUCAGAGCCCCACAACAGGAAAUACUUUCUCGUUUCUUUUUUUGUCUCGAUCUUAUGGAUUGCCGUUCUUAGCCUCGGUAUGGUGACUCUGGUUGGUCGAGUCGGAUGUAUUUUGAAUAUUGAUAAGUUUACCAUGGGAUUGGUUGUGGUAGCUAUCGGUACAAGCGUUCCCGAUGCAUUAAGCUCUGUCAUUGUUGCUCGUGAUGGUUUUGGAGACAUGGCUGUUUCAAAUGCCAUCGGGUCAAAUGUUUUUGACAUCGACUUAGGCAUUGGUCUACCAUUUGUAAUAAAAUCACUUAUUGACAAUCUCAAUCCUAUCAAGUUGCUCAAUGAUGUUGACCAGACCAUGUACGAUAAAGGUGAAAUGACAAUUGUUCCACAUGCGAAAUUUGGUUUUUUACUGUUGUUGAUUUUGUUCAUAUGUCUUGGAGUGUUCACAACGGCAAAGUUUCGUCUUGGUCGAACAGUUGGUUUAUCAUUCUUUCUGAUGUAUGUUCUCUUCGUAGCUUAUGCUUACAUACAGGACCUGGUUUGUAAACACGAUUGCUAGCCGAUAUUUUAAUGUAUAUGUAAAUUCAAAAUCUGUAUAUCCAAGGAAAUCUGUGAAAAAAGUAUUUUUUUGCUUCAUUGAAUAGCUUGAUUGACCAUUCAUAAGAUGUGAAAGAAAUGAAUCGACUCUUGUUGGUAGUUUUAAAACUUAUGUCCACAAAAGAAAACGUGUACAAAUAGAAAUGUGUACAAAUAGAAAUGUUAUCCAAGCAACAACAAUCUGCAUAAGAGUACAGGAGCUUCAAGCUUGCACGAAAAUAAAAACAACUCCUUGUAAAAUUAAGUUGCUAAUCUACCGACAAGAAAUGUUGUUUUAACAGGGUUGGUAACUUGGCAUUUUGACAGCCAAUUUUGGCUUUUUUUUUCAUUUUGAAUGGCAAUGACUAUAAUGUUUGUUUAACAAAUAAGAAUGACAUAGAAAUAUCGUGGAAAAUACCCAUCCUGGGAAAACCUGACAUUUUAACAUGACUGUGAUUUGUAAUAAAUAAUUAAAUGAAAAACUAGUUCUGUUGACAUA